UUUCUCAACCCUGAUCGCAAGAAAAUGUAAACACAGGAGAACCUAACCUAGUGAAAUAUUUCGAAUGGAGCUGUCAAAUUUAUUACAAAAAUGUUCUCUCGUCAACAAAUCGGACGAAAUAGCCGAAGAAAAUAAUAGACAAGAAGAUGAAAAUUUUCGAAAUAUCUAUAAAAAAUGGAAAGGAACUGAUGUUAAGGACAAAGAUGUUACUUACAAAAUUAUUCCAAAAUUCUACUUUAAGUUGCCAAAAGAUGACGAAAUUUUACCGCAAAAAUUACGUGAAGAAACGCGUGCACUUUUUUUACAAAGAAGAUCACGACAAUUAUUGGACAAUAAUGAAUUAAAAGCACUAUGGGUAUUACUUGAUAAACAUCAUAGUCCACCAUUAUCAGGCGAUGAACAAUUAAUAAAUUAUGAAGAUUUUAAAAAAGUUGGCAAACUCGCUGGACAAAAAUGUAGUUUAUAUUUUACGGCUGUUGUAUUUGCAAAAUUACAACAAGGCGAUCCACAUGGUCGCGUUAGUAUAAUGGCAUUAUUUAAUUAUGUAAUGAGAAAAGUUUGGCUACAUCAAACGAGAAUUGGACUUUCAUUAUACGAUGUCACUGGUCAGGGUUAUCUUCGAGAAUCGGAUUUAGAAAAUUAUAUUUUAGAAUUAAUUCCAACUUUACCGCAACUUGAGGGUUUGGAAAAAUCGUUUCAUUCAUUUUAUGUGUGUACGGCGGUGCGUAAAUUUCUCUUUUUUUUGGAUCCAUUGAGAACGGGACGUGUUCGUAUACAGGAUAUAUUGGCGUGUAGUUUUCUCGAUGAUCUUCUUGAAUUGAGAGAUGAGGAUUUACCAAAGGAUUUACAGGAGGCAAAUUGGUUUUCAGCGCCAUCGGCACUCAAAGUUUAUGGACAAUAUCUUAAUCUUGAUCGUGAUCAUAAUGGAAUGUUGAAUAAAGAAGAACUUUCCGGAUAUGGAACAGGAACGUUAACUGGAGUUUUUUUGGAACGCGUUUUUCAAGAAUGCCUUACCUAUGAGGGAGAAAUGGACUAUAAAACAUAUUUGGACUUUGUUCUUGCACUGGAGAAUCGUCAUGAACCACAAAGUUUACAUUAUCUUUUUCGAAUUUUGGAUAUUAAUAAUACUGGAUAUUUGGAUACAUUUUGCCUUAAUUAUUUCUUUCGUGCAAUUCAGGAACAAAUGUCAAUGCAUGGACAGGAGCCUGUGACGUUUGCAGAUGUUAAAGAUGAAAUUUUCGAUAUGGUGAAGCCGGCCGAUCCUUCUAAAAUAACACUACAGGAUCUUCUCUCGUGCGGACAAGGCGACACAAUGGUCAGUAUCUUAAUUGAAUUCCAUGGAUUUUGGGCGUACGAAAAUCGUGAAGCAAUGGCUGCCGAUUCUGGAGAUGAAUCUUCACACGUUUGAAGAUUUUGUUUUUUUCUCCCCCCCCCUUUUUUUUUAUCUGUAAAUAUAUAAUAAUUCGAAAAAUUCGUAAGUAAUAGAAUUAAUUUUUUUUUUAUACAUUUUUUAAAUACACACAACGAAUAAAUUUUCACAUUUUA